UCGGCGUCUCCGCGUGUUUCGGUCGCGCUUCCCGAGGGGCUCCGAGCGCCGCGCUGCUGGGCGGCCCUCGUCAUCCUGGAGCCUCCCCUUCGGGCGCUGCGGGGCUCCGAAAGGCGCUGGCUUUGCUGCAGGAGCAGGAACCUUUAAUUCCUUAUGAUUUUUUUUUUUUAAUAUACACCCCCGCCCCCCCGAUAAUAACCAUUAAAAAGUUGAUACAGAGGGAUUUCCCCGUCGCAGGACGCACGCACCAGCCCCGUGCAGCCAGCAGCAGGAUGGAGGUACCCAGCCACUGCCAGCACGCCCAGCACUGCUCUUCCCGGUGCUUCUUGUCCCCCCGUAACACCUUAAAAACCUCCCCAGUGCCACAUAAGCUACUUUGGAGAUUUCCCUGUGACCUCAUUGCUUGGACUGGACUCUGUAAUUACUCACUUUUUCCUGUUCUGCAGCAAGUGUAAAAACAGGGCUUUUGCAUCAUUUCAGAAGCCUCUGUGUGCUCAGCAGUGUUGCUGAUUGCGCAGCAGAGCUGCUGGGGUUCAAAUGGCAGCUGUGUGCUAUGGGUGCACUGUGUGCCCCUGUUGGCCCCAAGGCAAUGUACUCUGCUUUCAGCUGCUGCAAGGGCUGAAAAAUGCUGAAAAAUGAUUUUUGUUGCUGUGUUAACUUCUGUUUUUGAGCAAGCUGUUUAUGCCGGGCUUUCAGCAUAAGGAACUCUCCUCGUUUUUAGGUUGCGCUAGGAGUGAAGGUGGUUAAUUCUACUGUUUUUGCGCUUUUAGGUUGUGUUUCUGUUGGAGCCUUUGGCUUGGCCUUGCAGCAGAUGCAGCAACUGUGACUCUGGUUUGAUGGCCCCAGGCACGAAUGUAACAGAUGUAAUUUCAGUGCCCCCAGUUACUGAGGCUCAGCCCUGCCUGGUGCUGCAUGCUACCACUCCAUUGAUGGAGGCUUGCAAUGCACAUCAGGAGGUGGUUCGAGUAGAGAGCGCUGGAGUUCUGUUAAAAACUGAUUUUAGUUGGCUGCUGUGUGUAAGCAGGUGCUGGGGAAUUGCUGAGACAAUUGUGGGGUUCAUGGAUGUCAUAAAUGGUUGGCUCCAUCAUUGACUUCAUUUUCCUCGCGCUAAAAGGAAUAGGAGCCUUCUGUUAUGCCCUUGGGACAGCAGUUGCUGAAUGCUUCUCCCAGUUCUGUGUGCUCCCUGCUUGCUAUCAGGCCACUACAGGUUGCCCAACUCAGGCUGGGGCAGAUAGCAGCUCCUGCUGCUGCUGCACAUCAUCAUGGGGCAGCUCAGAGACAUGGGGCUGCCCUCAGCCCUGUGGCUGUAUGGGCAGCACAGGGCUUUGAGGUGCUUGUGCUGUGGCACUGCAGGAAGCUCACUGCAGUGGUUGAAGGCUAGAGACUGUCUUGUGCUGAGGUCCCCGCAAGGCUGCUCUGACAAAUGGUGCUGCUGCUUCACUGCCUGGCCUCUGCCAGAGGCUCAGAAAUGCCAGGCUGUUUUCAGGUGUAUUUCACAAGACACGGGCUUGUGCUUCCUGCAGGAAGAAAUGGGCUCUGAGCUUCAGUUUACACCAGUGAGAUCCCUGCUGCUGAAAUGAGCAUUGUGCCAGGAUCGCUGUGGGGAGGCAGGAUUGGAUUGCCACAGUUAAUCCACUUUAAGGAGAUACUGUCAACUUGAAAUAUAACUUCAAUUCUCUUAUGGAAGCGGAUUUUGGUAUUGGGGUUUUAUUUUUAGUCUCACUCUGUUUGCAUCCCUUUUGUGGAAAGGCUGCAGCAGCAUUCAGAAUGCGCAUGGUGAGAGGUUGGGGUCUGCACUCCAUGAGCAGCUGCAGCUCCCUCCAUCCUCCAGUGUACCUGGAGGUUGGCAGGGCAGGUCCUCAUGUUGUGGAUUGGAGAUAAUGUGCUUUUUUUCCUUAAUUACCUUUCUGGGUUCUUCGAAGUGUGCAGCCAUACCUUGGGGCCAAGGCUGUGGCUGGCAGGCAGGGAUCUGGAUUGCAGCUGCCAGUACAGCGGGGUGAGCGCAGGUUCAGGCUUUGUAAGAACCGAUGAACUGACAAAGAGAAGUUAUUCAUGGCCCUGCUGUUUUGGGGGCUUUUUGCUGUUUGCUUUUAUUUAAACCUGCAUCCCUUGUGUGGUGAUGUUAGUAAGCACUGGGUGCUGGUGAGCUGUUUGAUCUCAUAGCAUUGACUUGAAGUUGGGGAACAUGACAUCUCUUCAGUGGGUUUGCAUUGCUUCUGCCUUGGCCAAAUCAGUUCUGUGAUGCCAGUGUCUUCCCACAGGUCUGCCUUGGUGAUGAUGUCUCACCUGCUUCCUCCUCACCUUCACUGCUGUCAGUGCCACGUGGAUGCCAAUAGCCCACAGUGUGCUGGGGAGGAGAAGCGGGUCGGUACACGAACUGUGGUGGUCGGGCACCGGCCGGUUUCAGAGGCAGAUGCCUACGUGGCACAGAAGUUCUGCGACAACAGGAUUGUCUCCUCCAAGUACACAGUGUGGAACUUCCUCCCGAAAAACCUCUUUGAGCAGUUUAGGAGAAUUGCCAACUUCUACUUCCUCAUCAUCUUCCUCGUGCAGGUGAUAGUGGACACCCCGACCAGCCCGGUAACCAGCGGCCUUCCGCUCUUCUUCGUGAUCACCGUCACAGCCAUCAAACAGGGGUACGAAGACUGGUUGAGACACAGAGCUGACAAUGAAGUGAACAAGAGUAAUGUAUUCAUUGUUGAAAAUGCGAAGCAAGUGCAGAAAGAGAGCGAAAAAAUCAAGGUUGGAGACAUAGUAGAAGUGAAAGCAGAUGAGACCUUCCCCUGUGACUUGAUAUUUUUGGCCUCAAGUAGUACUGAUGGGACCUGUUACGUCACUACAGCGAGUCUGGAUGGCGAGUCAAAUUUCAAGACUCACUAUGCAGUGCGGGACACCACCGUGCUCUGCACGGAUGAAGCCAUAGACUCCCUUACAGCCACCAUUGAGUGUGAGCAGCCACAGCCAGACCUCUACAAAUUUGUUGGAAGGAUCAUCAUGUACAGAAGCAACCAAGAGCCUGUAGCCAGGUCUUUGGGUCCUGAAAACUUGUUGCUGAAAGGUGCUACCCUCAAAAAUACCAAGAAGAUUUAUGGAGUGGCAGUCUAUACUGGAAUGGAAACAAAAAUGGCUUUGAACUACCAAGGGAAAUCUCAGAAACGCUCUGCUGUGGAAAAAUCUAUCAACGCUUUCUUGAUAGUGUACUUAUGCAUCCUAUUGAGCAAAGCUACUGUGUGCACAACUCUGAAAUAUGUCUGGCAGAGUAAUCCAUUUAACGAUGAGCCUUGGUACAAUGAAAAGACUAAAAAAGAGAGAGAGACGUUCAAGGUGUUGCGGAUGUUCACAGACUUCUUGUCCUUUAUGGUCCUCUUCAAUUUUAUUAUCCCAGUUUCCAUGUAUGUUACAGUAGAGAUGCAGAAGUUCUUGGGCUCCUUCUUCAUCUCUUGGGACAAAGAGAUGUACGAUGAAGAAAUAAAAGAGGGAGCGUUGGUGAACACCUCAGACCUGAACGAGGAGCUUGGACAGGUGGAAUUUGUCUUCACCGACAAAACAGGGACACUGACGGAGAACAGCAUGGAGUUCAUUGAGUGCUGUAUAGAUGGGCACAAGUACAAGGACUGCAUUUCGGAGGUUGAUGGCUAUUCGCAGACUGACGGACCCCUGAAGUACUAUGGCAAAGCAGAAAAGAGCCGAGAGGAGCUGUUCCUGCGAGCCCUCUGCCUGUGCCAUACCGUUCGGAUCAAACAAGCAGACCAGGUGGAUGGGCUGAUAGGACAUCCUGAGUGCAAAAACACCUACAUCUCCUCUUCCCCAGAUGAAAUUGCUUUGGUGAAAGGUGCUGAAAAGUAUGGUUUCACUUUUCUAGGACUCGAAAAUGAUUUCAUGAAAAUCCGAAACCAAAAGAAUGAAACUGAAAUGUAUCAGCUUCUCCAUACACUGAACUUUGACCCUGUCCGUCGCCGUAUGAGUGUCAUUGUGAGAACCACCUCAGGAAAGCUGCUUCUCUUCUGUAAAGGAGCAGACUCCUCUAUUUUUCCAAGAGUGCAGCAAGAAGAAAUCCAACAAACUAAAGUCCAUGUGGACCGCAAUGCUAUGGAUGGCUACCGAACACUUUGUGUGGCAUUCAAGGAACUAACUCAAAAGGAGUAUGACAGGAUUGACCGGCAGCUUAAUGAAGCAAAGAUGGCUCUGCAGGACAGGGAAGAAAAGAUGGCAAAGGUCUUUGAAGAUACAGAAGCAGACAUGCACUUGAUUGGGGCGACUGCAGUAGAAGACAGGCUGCAGGAACAGUCAGCAGAGACGAUCGAGGCUCUGCAUGCUGCUGGUAUGAAGGUGUGGGUACUGACAGGGGACAAGAUGGAGACUGCCAAGUCCACCUGCUAUGCCUGCAGGCUCUUCCAGACUAGCACUGAGCUGCUGGAGCUGACAGCCAGGGUGGUGGGUGAGAGCGAGAGGAAGGAGGACCGGCUGCACGAGCUGCUGAUGGACUACCACAAAAGGCUGAUCCAGGAUGUUCCCAAACCCCGGGGUAGCCUCAAGAGAAGCUGGACACUGAGUCAAGAAUACGGCUUGAUUAUAGAUGGCUCAACGCUGUCGCUGAUACUCAAUCCUUCUCAGGAUUCCAGUUCUAGUCAUUACAAAAACAUAUUUCUACAAAUCUGCCUGAAGUGUACUGCAGUUCUGUGCUGCCGGAUGGCUCCUCUGCAGAAAGCGCAGAUUGUGCGAAUGGUGAAGAACACAAAAGGGAGCCCGAUAACACUAUCAGUAGGGGACGGUGCGAAUGAUGUUAGUAUGAUUUUGGAAGCACAUGUUGGAAUAGGAAUAAAAGGCAAAGAAGGACGUCAGGCUGCAAGAAACAGUGACUAUGCUGUUCCAAAGUUUAAACACUUAAGAAAAUUGCUACUAGCACAUGGGCAUUUGUAUUACGUGAGAAUAGCACACCUUGUACAGUAUUUCUUCUAUAAGAACCUUUGCUUCAUUUUACCACAAUUUUUAUACCAGUUCUUCUGUGGAUUCUCACAGCAGCCACUGUACGAUGCUGCUUACCUUACCAUGUACAACAUCUGUUUCACAUCUCUCCCCAUCCUGGCUUACAGCCUCCUGGAGCAGCACAUCAAUAUUGACACACUGACCUCAGAUCCACAGCUGUAUAUGAAAGUUUCUGACAAUGCCAUGCUGCAGUGGAGGCCUUUUUUGUACUGGACCUUCCUGGGCGCCUUUGAAGGACUCGUGUUUUUCUUUGGGGUUUAUUUUCUUUUUCAAAAUUCAUCAUUGGAAGAUAAUGGAAAGGUUUUUGGAAACUGGACCUUUGGGACGAUCGUUUUCACUGUGCUGGUGUUCACUGUCACUCUCAAGCUAGCUUUAGACACUCGAUUCUGGACAUGGAUGAACCAUUUUGUGAUCUGGGGCUCCCUUGCCUUCUACGUGUUUUUCUCGUUCUUCUGGGGAGGAGUCAUUUGGCCUUUCUUGAAACAACAAAGAAUGUAUUUUGUAUUUGCUCAUAUGCUGACUUCUGUUUCCACGUGGCUGGCAAUAAUUCUGCUGAUCUUUAUCAGCCUUUUCCCAGAAAUUCUUCUAAUAGUUUUAAAAAGUAUAAAAGAGAGAAGUCAUCAGAGCAGUAGGAAGGCGCCCAAGUCGUCCAGACCUUCUGUCACACCACUUCUUUUAAGAACGUUCUCAGAUGAGUCUAAUGUGUUGUAACAGGUACCCUGCCCUAAGGAGUUGGGAUGGUUUUAAAAGGCAUUGAUUAACCAAAUGUAAUCCCCAAAUCAAUUAAACUGUGGUUCUCGUAAUCCUCUUGAUGGUGUGGGGCACCUGUCUGUGAUACGGAGAUGCAAUGCUUGGGAUGCAUUUUAAUUUGGGGACAUGUCCUACUCUUCAGAAUCCUGUAUGUGCACAGAUCUGCUCAAUCCAAAGCACUUUGCUUUAUAUAAGCAGAUCCUUCAAUAUAGCCAAUAUUUUGAUCUAACAUUAAGAGCAUGAGAAAACAGAUUUGGGCUGUAAAAGCACUGAUGUACUUGCAGUGGAAUAUUCAAGUCUAAGCUAUUAAAAUGAUUCCAGAAUUGCAUCUGAAUAGUAUAAAAAUCCCAUUUUCUAUGGUGCAUGCUGUUGUGUCAGAUAGAAAUGAGUACAUUUUAAUUCAUCUGAAUGGACUGAAACUAAGUGUGUACCUGUCUGUAUGUCAGCAUAGCGUACAGCAGGCAUGGCUCUGUGUCUGUAUGCAGCUACACACACAGGGAGCAUCCUACUAUGUAGUAAGUAGUAAGCCACCAGCUGUCUUCUUGCUGCAGAGAAAUAAAAGUGCCUGACUGAAUUCACAGCCUACAGGUGAGAUGUGACACGGCUGCGUGCUGCCAGCUGCAAACAUCAACACAAGGAUUUUCUGUAACCCUUACCCCUGCACACAUGGCUGCCUGCAAAGAGCCCACUUUAUGGAGAGGGCAGCUGCACGGCUGCCAAUAUCAGCCUCGGUGCUGCUGGGUUCUGUGCUGCCUUCUGCAGCCCAUGCAGAGUCCUUCACCCUCCCAUUCAGCUGUGAGUGAGGUUUGGCACUUUUAUCGUGGGCUAAUCAUUCUUCUUCUCCCUUUAUUUAUUUAUUUUCUCCUUUCUAAAAUAUGCCAAAAGGCUUACUGUGCUUUUGGGAAUGUGACAAUUGCAAUACAUGUGCGUUUUCCUUCUGAUUUUUGCAGACUGGCAUCUUUGAUCUGCCUAUAUUAGUGUCAUACAAACGUAUAGAGAAUGGUUAUGUGAAGACUGAAGAUGCUCUUACUAAUGUGGCAGA